CUUCAGUCAGUCGCGUGGAACUGGUGCGGCUGUCGGAGAGAAAGAGAGAGACGGAUGCAAACGCUGAGGCGGAGAGGCAGCUCCUGAGCAGACGCUGGGUCAGAGCGCUCAGUCGCUUCAGACAAUCACGGGAGGGAGCGAGAGAAAGACACAGGAAAAGAGACCUGCACAGAAAACACAGAGGCAGAGAGGUUUGAAACGGGAGGAAGAGACAGAGGAGGGAGGUAAAUAUGUGACAGGAUGUGGUUUCCCUGAGCUUGCAGAACACUGGUAUACAGGCAUACUUUGAGCAUGACCUAAACAAGCCGAGUGUACAAGUGUAGUGUUUGAGCUCCAUUAGGUGGUGAGAGGGGAAGACGAAGCAAAAAAAAACCGCUGGAGCUGCUUCUGCUUCUGCUUCUCGUGCCGCUGAGCCUAGCGCAGCACAACAGACGCUUCUCUCGUUUCUCUGCCACCGACACCCGGAGGACUGUGUUCCCCUCAAAGCUCCGCGGGCAGCUGAGGUCGUCUCCUCGGACAGGAUCUGAACCCUUCCUCCUCCUCCUCCUCCUCCAUCCUCCCCUCUUUUUGUGAUUCCUCUUCCACACCAGAGUAGAAUGUCAGCUGGAAGCUCCGGUCCGGCUGCUGCAUUCGAGUCGUCCGAGCAGUGAACUUUUUUUUUCUUCUUCUUCUUCUAAAACCAGAUUGCGAAACAGUGUCUGUGCACAGAGCGACUGACAAACCGUGGAGCCAUGGGCUGCGGGCUGCGAAAGAUGAAGCCACCCUCAGAGGAGGACAGUCCGGGGAAGAUCUACUCCACCCUGAAGAGGCCGCAGGUGGAGACCAAGGUGGGCGUGGCCUACACGUACCGCUACCUGGACUUCCUGAUCGGCAAAGACGGUGGGACGUCCACCCUGCGACUGUCGUCGGUGCGGGAGCUGCCGGGUCAGCUGCAGGAGCUCUACCAGCAGGGCUUCGUCCUGGCUGCCGUCCACCCGUUCAUCCACCCCUGUGGUCCGGAGUCCAACAGCCCUCAGCACCAGCUCUACCGGGCCAUACUGGUGCGGAUAAAUGACGGGGUGGAGAGGAGCCAGUCGGUCUGCCCGACGUACAAACUGCAGCUGGAAGAAUGUCUGUCUCCCGAGCAGGUGCCCACCCCGGAGCUCAUCCAGGGCUACGUCAAGAAGCAGAUACAGGAUGCUGCAGACCAGGGCGUGAUGUUUGUGGGGUUUGUCCAGGAGCCAUAUGGAGCCCCGUGCACCCGGAUCAGAGAACCAGACACGCCCUCCCUGUCCCUGCACUCCAGCCCCAGCUCCGUGCUCGGCUCCCUGGGCAGCUGCAGCCCCUCGGACCCCUCGAGCCCCAGGAAUCACGCGGAGCCGGGAGCUCAGGCCGAAAACGCCGAGGCCGGGGAAGGAGCGCCGAGCGGGGAGAAGAGUCAGAGCCAGAGCCAGAGCCAGAGCGACGGGAAGGAGGAGGGCGCCCAGGACGAGGUCUCGUCCGCUGCGUCUCCCGUGUCGGAGGGAGAUCCGGAGCACAGCGAGGAGCUGACGGAGGAGGACUCGCCUCAUCACAAUAACAAUAAGGACAGCGGCACGGAGACAAAGGAGAGGCCGAGAUACAGGCUGCGGAGAGGUGAUGGGGUGGAUCUGCUGGCUCUGUACAACCACCCGCCGGUCCGUGAGGGCCAGGUGAAGUACUACACCGUCAAGGUGCCUCUGCGGGUUCAAAACUGUGACGAAGGGGUCAAAGGGGUGGAGGCCAACUGGCUGGAUCACAUGACCCAGCACUUCAACAACGGAGCCUCUCUGGUCGAUGGAUACUUCCACCUGGGCAACGUGAACGAUUUGCUGCCUAAGUCGGUGGAAAGCGUCUUCAUCUUCCAGGAGGCUGGCGAGGGCGAGCCGAACGUGGCCAACCCGACAUACGACGCCAUCGUGGUGGAGCAGUGGACCGUCAUUGAUGGUUUGCAGGUGAAGGCUGAUUAUGUUCCCCUGCUCCAGUCCCUGGCCACAUACGGAUGGAAACUCACCUGCGUGCUGCCAACUCCAGUAAUCAAGACUAACAGCGAUGGAAGUCUGUCCACCAAGCAGAUCGUUUUCCUGCAGCGACCCGUGUUGGGCCGAAAGAGAAGAGACUCGAAGAAAUUAAUCUUCAAGCCCCGGAGCAAGUCCAACAAGAACUGCAUCAAAGAAACGGCCAAGAACAAGAAGAAGAAGAAAACAAAGGACGAGAAGGACGCGGAGGAUCCCAAGAUCCUCGACGACAGGGAACAGGCUGAGAGGGAGGAGGAAAAGAGCGGCGACGAAAGGGUGAACGCGGCCGAGGCCGAGGCGGCGAGUGAGAUACUGAAAGGAAGCGAGGCGACGUGUGAGGAGGGUGGAGGAAAGAUUGAUGGCGGGGUGGAAGUGAGCCCAGAGACUGUCGCAGAAAAAGACAGAGGAGCAGAAAACGCCACUGAAGUGGGAGAAGAAAAGGUGGCGCUGGACGGAGAGGGAUCAAAACAGAACGGAGAGCCUUUAGAGAACGGAGAGGUCAAGGAAGUGACGGAAACCUUCGCGACUGUGGAAGCACGGAGCGAGACCAAAGAAAAGGACGGCGCCGCAGAGGUCGAAGCUGUGACGGAGAACGGGGUGGAGACGGACGAGGACAGAGAUGAAGGGGACGCGAUCAAAAGCAAGAAAGAAGAAGACGUGGAGGUCGCCGCCAAGGAGGCCGAGCCACAGGCUUCAAGUCAAAGCCCGGAGGAGACUCAAGAGUGACGCGCGGCUCGUCCCCACCCUACCUCUCAAGUCCCCCGUCUUAAGAAACUGGUCCCCGAUUCCAAAUUAACAGGGCUUUAACCCCCGAGACGCCGCAGCUCACUCCUUCUCCCACAGAUGAUUCCCCCUGCGACCUGCCUCAGUGCAGCUACAGGAACAAUUAACCGAAGCCAUCGUCCUACUGUACAACCACACACACUGAAUGUACUACACAUGGAACCCGGGACGAGUCGGUGCGGAGUCACUGUGAAGGCCUGGUCACACCAGAAAAAUUAAAAUUUAACAAAAUCAGUGAAAUCAGUUCAUUCCAGUGGAAUCUGUGCCAUUAAUGAAGCCACUGCGCUAAAACUAGGGCUGGUUCUUAUCACCUAAAAUAUAUAUGAAGGUAUGUUUAUGGAUUAGACGGGAUUUUACUGUGAUGACGAGUAAAUAUUGUAGAAUAGUCCCAAACUCGUUGCAGACCACGUGUUAGUAGAAAUCUGGAGACGUUUACAGCUCAGAGAUAUAAGAAAAAAAAAGAGUUAAAUGAAGAAAUAGGGAUGAUUAUUUUGACGUAUUUAUUCCUAUUUAACCAGCUACCGUAAUAACCGUAGUAAGUUUUGUUCUCAUUCAUAAAAAGCUAAAAUUGCCGCUUCCUUUUUCGGACCUUUCUAUCUUCACCACCCCUCACAAUGAUCUGGUCUGUGUAAUCGCUGUGUAAUCAAAUACUCAAAUAUUUAAAAAUUCAUAUGAUAACAAAAAUAAAUACCAGUAUUCAUAUGAACCACCCAGCGCCAGCUCAAACCAUGGAGACAGUGGGUUAAUUAGUGGAGCUCAGUAGAAUAUUAUGUUAUAUUAUAUCAUGGCUGUUUCUAAUGGAUCUCUACCUACUGUAGUUUCAGAACCAUGAACAGCGGCUCAGAUUAAAACUCAGACCCCGGUAGUUUCCACCGCAGCCUCUGGUUAUAAACCGGACACCGGUAUAAAGACACUGGUGUUCCUUCUACAUCAGCGUGAUCCCAUCAAUAAUCAACCACACGCUGAUCCGUUAUUCAAUGACAGCACCACACACAGUGCACUCGUUAAAUACUUUCAUUCUUUAUUAUUCAGUGAGUUAACGGCUCCGAGGACAGAGUGUUUUAAAGGACUCUUAUAACAAACAUUCAGGAGGCUCUUUCGUUUUUCAGGCGAGUAUUUAUAGCAGCAUUUAGAGAUCAGACCUAUAAAAUGCAAAACUGUUCACCCCUGUUUUCUGCGCUGGUCAGCUGUGAUCAGAUUCCUCCGGUAUGGAUGUUAAUGAGACGGGUCUGAACGGGUCCCUCAUUGUCUCGUUAAGAGGCCGAACUAAAUUUCACUCGAGCUAUAUUUACACGUUCAAUACGUCUUUAUUGGAUUAGAUGGUUUACAGAACAGCAAAGAGCCUUGAAAAUAGAAAAAUAAAGAGAUUCUGAAUGAGUUAAAGCGGUUCAACAAUCUUAGUAUCGACUAUUUACAAAUUAACUUUGGCGUUGCUCUUCCUGGUGUGACCAGGCCUUGGCGGAGAGGAGGAGGAGGAAGGAAGGAGGAAGGAGGAAGGAAGGAAGGAAGGAAGGAGCGUUGUGUCGUUCUUGCUGCAGGUAAAGCGAGAGUUUGGUUGGUUCAACAGCCUAAAAGGACGUCACCACCAAACAGGAACACGAGUCCUAACGGAGAGACAGGAGACUCGUCCUGUUCUAUGAGGUGCUUUCAGCCGCCAGUCGAGCUGUUGGACCCACUCUCUGCAGUUUUGAAGAGGCUGCGAAAAGAACCCUGACGAGACUCGGAGAAGCGUCCCCCUGUGAUCCCAGACUGUUUCCCUGCUCCGCUGAAAGUUGGGAUGCGGCGGGAGCUCGGGGAGGCGAGGCGACGGGGGGGGGGGAGGCGUUCGUUUGCGACAGGCAAUCCAAAGCAAAGGCUGGAGAGAUAAUUGUUUACGCUGAGCUCUAAGCCAUCAAGUGCUUCAAAGAGAGCCGAUAAUCAGUCUUCGGUGCGGCGUGCGAAGCUCACCUUGCAUCCAGAAUGUUCCAUAUUCAAAAAGCCAAGUCAGAUAAGGAAGUGAAAUUCAGCCGAAUGUUUGCACCUCGACGGGCAGAGCUCACAGUUUAGACGGUUAACGAUUUAUUUCUAAGUAUUAUUUUUAAUUCCAGCUGGAAAAAAAAAAAAAAAAAAAAAAGUGACAAGAAGCAAGAUUCACAGCCUCGUUGCCGAGCGAAGGCCAGAGCUGAGAAAGACAAAGAAAGAGAGCGGCCGCAGAGUCGAAUAAAAGAAACGAACAGGCUUAAAGUAACUGCCGUUCAUGUCCAUCAUUUUACCUCCACCUCUUACCUGACAGUAACCACGUCAUAAUGUAGAAAAAAUUUUAAAAAAUUAAAAGAAAAGGAGGUGGAACCGGAGGAGGGAGGCGCUGCAGAGCUCCUGUUAGCUCACUAAUGGAUCCUGUCAGCGGGGGUUAUCUGUCAGUAAUCAUGCGUUUAUAAAGGGGGUGGGGGGGGUCAGUUAUCGGCAGAAAAACACCUCGACGUGUCGGGCGUUCGUGUUCAACAGUGAUGUCAUAGGGAAUCGUUUGCACUGAGGAGGGAAAAAAAGAAAAAGAAAUGACACACAGGAAGGAUAUUUAUUAAACCGCCGCGCAAUUCGGUUAAUGAAGAACUUAAACUACCUGCUGUCCUGCUUUACACAGACUGUAAUUUGUCACAAUUUGGAGAUUUUUGUUUUGUGAGAGUAAAUUGGGGAAAAAAAUAAAUAAAUAAAUGAAUAAAAAUAAAACAAAGCUCCUUUUCUGGAGGAGAAACUCUUGAGUUCGAUUGAUUGCGCCGAACAAGUGCUCCUUCUCCUUCUCCCCGGGGGAUUAAUCCAACCUGCCACUGAGAUUCUUUUUCGAUGUAAAAUGGCAAAUGUGUGUUUGUGUAGAGUAGAAUAUAAAACUGUGACCAGUUUAGCCUUAUUCCUAUCCUGUAAAUGGCCCCACAACCUGCUACUAGACUCGUCUGUUAGAGGCACAACUCGUGGUUUAAGUGUUUCAUGUUCGUUCUAGUCACACACAGGUUUUUUUUGUUUUUUUUUUGUUGUUUUUGUUGUUUUGCUGCAGUCAGUGUUCGUAUUUUUGAAGAUAUUGUCCCAUGUUUUAUUACUGGAACUCAGCGCAAGAGGAUAAAUGUCUGUAUGAAGGUAUUACAUUUUGGAUUUAUUUCUAACAUUUUUUUAUUAUUAUAAUUUUUAUUGUGAAAGAUUUUUUUUGUUUUUUUGUGUUGCCUCUGCUGUUCUGCUAAAGCUUGCAACAAUGUAUCGCUGACUGACGCUUCGAGCUACCUCCCGAGGGCUGUUGUUGUUUUUUUUUUUUAAAAAAACAAACAAAUAAAAAAAAAGAAACGAGGGGGGGGGGGGGUCAUGGAGCAGCGACCCCCCCCCUCCCUGAAGCAUACGCUCCUUGUCCCUCGUGACGGAGACCAGACCUGCGAGCGCGAGGUCGCCGCUAAUGGCCGACGGGGUUGAGGGUCGUGUUUUUGGAGCGAGGAUGGAUUUUAUUCCACAGCUGUGCGCAGGAGUUUUGCACGAGCACAUGACAAAUAACCGCCCCGGUGUUGAAUUGAGAUACGUGACAGACUCAAAAUAUUCUCAACUUCAUUCCCUCGGGUGCUUUUCUGGUUUUAUUUUCACCCUCGUAUCGUCCUCCCACUCUCUGAUGCUUCGGGGUCACAUGUGGUUUGCACUUCUGCAAAGAUGUGUCAAAUAUGUCUGAAUUAGUAGAAAAGACGACGGUUAAUAAUAAUUAUAAUAAUGUGGGACAUCAAAUUAGAUGAUGCUUUUAUUUAUUACACAUUUAUUUUAGGCUUUAGGAAUAGUCACAUAGACCAAACCAGUUUUGAUGCUGGAGGGCGAAGGAUGCAGGUUGGUGGUUUUAUCCUCUGGGUGAAAUUUUACCCAUCGGGUCUAAUUAUUUUAUUUAUGUACUGGUCUAAUGCCCAUGGAUUCUGCAGAGAAGUCUGUAAUAUAUAAAAGUAAUGCGAGUCAUUAAUUUAAUGACUUUAGACAAAAUGUAGAAAGAUUUAACACCAGUGACUCGUGACUUCGUUUAGACUUGAAAAAAAAAAUGAAAACGCAUCCACUCACUCAGAAUAAGGUGCAACAUUUUAUUUCAGGCUUCAUUAAUAAUCAAACAGACCGAGUCAGUUCUGACCCAGGAGGGAGAAAGUUGCACGAUUGACGGUUUUGUCCUCUGGGUGAAAUUUUACUCAUCUUGAAAGUUUUUACAUUACAUAAGUUUAUAUAAAUAGUGGCCUAUUGCCCAUGGAUUCUGCAGAGAAGUCUGUAAUAUAUAUUGGUAAUUAGCAGAUGUGUAAACUCAAGUCAUUAAUUCAAUAACUUUAGACUCGACUUGACAAAAUGUAGAAAGAUUUAACACCAGUGACUUGUGAAUUCACUCGGACUUCAUCCUUUACAUCAGAUGUCUGCAGUACCUCCACGGACCACAUGGGGGUCACGGACCCCCAUUAAAGACCUUUGCUUUAUGCAAAACCUGCAAAUUAAAAAGUGUCCACUCACCAAUUUGUUCAAUAAUAAUUCAAUAAUUCGCUGAAAGGAAGUUGGCUACAAAUGAGUGUUACAUUUCAUUUUAACAGAGCGGGUCAAAGGUCGACGGGAAGACGAUACGAGGGUUCAGCACUUUUCAAGUAUCACUUCAGAAAUAUUUCCUGCUGCGUCUCAGCCUGAAAUCGAGACUCGUCUGUGACUUUCACUGUUUUGUCAGAAUGUGAAUUAUGAAAGUUAAGACCAGAAGACGCCUUUUGACCGGUGACCACAUCAUUCUGAAUAUGUGAGGUAUUUCCCGUGUGCCUCUCCUUUUCUCUGUUUUCCUUUUUCUUUAAUCUGUGGCUACACAGUCAGACCAGUCGAUUCAAUGAGGACGUGCGUCCUAAACGUCCGAACCUUGGAGCGGUUAGAGCAUCUUCCCCUCAGACGUCCUGUGAAAACACACACGACCAUUUUCUCCUUUAUCUGUGGAAAACAAGUUCAAGGAGGAGGUGAUCUCCAUUGACCGGUUUUCCCGAUCGUGACCUCGACAGCAGCUCCAGCCGGUCCCGUAUCCGCCCGUCCCACCUGAGGCCCCCUGCACUCCACCUCCUCUCGCCUGAUAAGGGCUGAUUGGUUGCUGUGCAGCCCGACCUCUGACCUCUGACACUGACUACGCUCCAGGGACCGUCUGUAAUUGUGAUUUUUAAAAAAAAAAAAAAAAAAUGAAAAGAAAAGGAAAACACAGAAACACGAGGCAGGAUCUGACACUUCAUCGGUGUCAACUUAGCGGUUAGCAUUAGCCGCGGCUAAUGUAACACACGCAUCUACGUGUAAAAGGUGAUUUACGGUUUCUCUGUCUUUUAUCGGCGUAAUUGUCUCUGAGCCUGGAUUGUGGCGCUGGUGCAGUCGUUCUUGGUAAUGCUGUAAAAAAAUAAAUGAAUAAAGGUUCCUUUCCUGUGUGCUACUAUGAUGUGAAAUGGGCAGAGUAGAAAAGACAGAACAUGAUACAAUAGGACGCCAUCAUUUUUUGUUUUUAUGUUUUUUUUUUCUGUGUUGUCAUUUUAGCUUUUACAGCCUCUGGAAAAAAAUGUAUUCUUGGAUUUCUGUGUCUGAUGUGAGUUUUUUUUUUUUAUUAUUAUCACCUCGGCUGCCAUCUUGAAUGUUGAGUAUCUUUGAUCAUGUGCCGUCGUCACUCGCUUCGCUCGAUCGAGGGGAGGGGGGAGGAAGAAGUCCUCUUUAUCUUUGCUAUCCUGUCCACAUUCCUAUUGUUCAUGACAUCUGUACAAUUUGUAUAUUAUAAAAUGAUUUAUAUUUAAUGUGUA